GUUGGUUUUUGCAACUGUGUGUGUGUGCACCAGGCUGGUCGUCUGCUGAUCAGAAAGCUGGGGUGUGAGAAGAUGGGUUUUGCAUGGGACGGGUUUCGUCUGGAAAGAACAGCCCAUCAUGGAGAUAAUGCCGUGCUGGCAGCAGAACCGGGACGCCAGGUGGGCAUAGACGUGAUGAAGACAAGCAGACCAGGCAGUAGCUCCGUUCAGGAGUUUUUCUGCAUCAUGAAUCGUCAGUUCACGGAUCUUGAGUGGACGAACAUACAGAAGGCCGGAUCAGACUGGGACCAGCUGGACAUGUUUUAUAGGCACUGGAGGCCUGCUUACCUCUGAUUGGUCCGUUUCUUUGUCCGCCGAGGCGCUGAAGGAGAGUUUCAUCAAAGCGAUUG